GCCGGUGGUUAAAGCAGCUGUGGGGGUGAAAGAGGAAGCCAGCCACCAGCAACUGAGCUCACCGGACCGGCGCGAUGGACCCCAGCGACAACGUUGAGACGGGGGAGACGGAGAGGCACCCGGCCCUCUUUUACGUUCCCAUUCCAGAAGCGUCCGUGUCUAAGAACGAGCAGGAAAAACUGUCGGGCGUUGUGAAAAACGUCCACAGAAAGCUCCGCAGGAAAUACAGAGAAGUGGGCGACUUUGACAAGAUUUGGCGCGAGCACUGCGAGGAUGAGCAAACGCUGAGCGAGUACGCCGUCGCCAUGAAGAACCUCGCCGACAAUCACUGGGCUGUCAGCUGCGAAAAGGAGGGACGCAUCGAUUGGUGUCGCAGUGUCUGCCAGGAGUAUUUCCGGGAUGGUGGCAUGAAAAGAAUGUUGGAGAAGGAUGAGAAAAGUGCCACUUUCUCUAGCGCUCCCACUGAAGCGUCUGCGUUUGGAAGGCCGUCUUAUGCUAGCCAAAGUCCAAGCACUCAAAUGGGGAAGAUACGACUCCUUGACGUCGGAAGUUGCUUUAACCCUUUCAUGAAGUUUGACGAGUUCCUUACAGUGGGUAUCGACAUUGUGCCUGCAGUCGAGAGCGUGUACAAGUGCGACUUCCUCAACCUCCAGCUCCAGCGGCCCCUCCAGCUGACUGGGGACGCGGUGGAGACUUUCCUGCGCCACCUGCACAACCCCAUCGACGCCCUGCCGGGGCAGCUCUUCCAUGUGGUGGUCUUCUCCCUGCUCCUGUCCUACUUCCCUUCGCCUUACCAGCGCUGGAUCUGCUGCAAAAAGGCCCACGAGCUACUGGACCUGCACGGCCUGUUGCUCAUCAUCACCCCCGACUCCUCCCACCAGAACCGCCACGCCCUCAUGAUGCGCAGCUGGCGCGUGGCGGUGGAGUCGCUGGGCUUCAAGCGCUACAAGUACGUCAAGUAUUCCCACAUGCACCUGAUCGCCUUCCGCAAGGUAUCGCUGGCCACCACUGGCGACCUGGUGUCGCGCAACUACCCCGAGAUGCUCUACAUCCCUCAGGACUUUCACCCCAGCGAGGAAGACGAGGGCGGCGACGGGCAGGCUCGCUCCGAGAUGGAGGACGAGCAGCUCGCUUGGGCCUUCGCCGAGCUGCCCGACGCCUGCGACUCUGAUUCCGGGGAGAGUCAGAGUGGCUCGGUGCCCGGCUUCCAGGAGCUGGAGGACCCCAUUCUGCUCCAGACCUAAACCCGCUUUCUCCUCUCUCCAACUACGACUGCUGCGCUGCCAAACGUAAACCUGCUGCAUUCCCCUCACCCUCCCUCUCCUCCCAAACGACGCGGUUUGCACAGUGUGAAAGAGAGAUGUUUACACGUUAUUUUCUCAUAACACUCUCUCUCUCUCAAUAAGCAUAUAUUUUGAUAGACUUUUUGUAAGAGUUGGAAAGCGAGCACCCCUAAGAUAUCAACGCUUCUUGACGUCGUCCAUCAUCGAAGAAGGCAAAACCUAAUCGACGUGACGGUUGGCGAUUUCAUUGAAGAGACUUGACAAGUGAGCUAGCUUAAAUUGAAACGCUCACUGCUGUUGUCCAGUGUUGCAUUGUUUUUAAACCCCUUAGCAGUUUAUGCAUCCUUAACAAGAGUAAUGUGGUAUUUGUAGCAUUUUAGGACCAUCUAACUGGAGUAUUCUACUAAUGUAACUUAGGUGUGUUACUUAUGUGUCACAAGGUACUAAUGUUUCAAAGUAGGUAUUUUGUUUCUUAACUCUCUUCUGGUUAUAAUCGUAUAAUUAUAUAACAAGUGUUGUUUUCAAGCUGAUGAACGAUACGCGUCUCGCUGCCGAUGUAAUUUUGAGUGUGACCCAGCCCAUAAGAACGUUUGAUCCGGCCAGCCAUAUGAUUUUAAUAAAUAAAUAAACUUGUACAGUGGGGAGAACAAGUAUUUGAUACACUGCCGAUUUUGCUGGUUUUCCCACUUGCAAGCCAUGUAGAGGUCUGUAAUUUGUAUCAUAAGUUCUCUUCAGCUGUGAGGGACGUAAUCUAAUACAAAAAUCCAGAAAAUCACAUUGUAUAAUUUUUAAAUAAUAAAUUUCUAUUUAACUGCAUGAAAUAAGUAUUUGAUACAUUACCAACUAGUAAAUAUUUCGGCUCAUAGUUCUUUUUUAAGAACCCCUCCUGUUCUCCACUCAUUACCGGAAGUAACUGCACCUGUUUGAACUUGUUACCUGUAUAAAAGACACCUGUUCACAUGCUCAAACAAACAAACUCCAACCUCUCCACAAUGGCCAAGACCAAAGAGCUGUGUAAGGACAUCAGGGAUAAAAUAAUAGACCUGCACAAGGCUGGGAUGGGCUACAGGAAAAUAAGCAAGCAGCUUGUUGAGAAGGUAACAACUGUUGGAGCGAUUAUUAGAAAAUGGAAGAAGUUCAAAUUGAUGGUCAAUCUGCCUCAAUCUGGGGCUCCAUGCAAGAUCUCACCUCGUGGGGCAUCACCUAUCAUGAGGAAGGUGAGGGAUCAGCCCAGAACUACACGGCAGGACCUGGUCAAUGACCUGAAGAGAGCUGGAACCACAGUCUCGAAGAAAACCAUCGGAAACACAUUACGCCGUCAUGGAUUAAAAUCCUACAGCGCAAGCAAGGUCCCGCUGCUGAAGCCAGUGCAUGUCCAGACACGUCUGAAGUUUGCCACUGACCAUCUGGAUGAUCCAGAGGAGCGAUGGAAGAAGGUCAUGUGGUCGGAUGAGACCAAAAUUGAACUUUUUGGUCUAAACUCUGCUCGUCGUGGAAAAAGAAGGAUGAAUACAACCCCAAGAACACCAUCCCAACCGUGAAACAUGGAGGAGGAAACAUCAUUUUUUGGGGCUGCUUCUCUGCCAAGGGUACAGGACGACUGCACCGUAUUGAGGGGAGGAUGGAUGGGGCUAUGUAUCGCCAGAUCUUGGCUGACAACCUCCUUCCUUCAGUGAGAGCCCUGAAGAUGGGUCGUGGCUGGGUCUUCCAGCAUGACAACGACCCAAAGCACACAGCCAAGGCAACUAAAGAGUGGUUCCGUAAGAAGCAUCUUAAGGUCCUGGAGUGGCCUAGCCAGUCACCAGAUCUGAACCCGAUAGAAAAUCUAUGGAGGGAGCUGAAAGUCCGUGUUGCCCGGCAGCAGCCCCGAAACCUGAAGGCUCUGGAGAAGAUCUGCAUGGAGGAGUGGGCCAAAAAUCCCUGCUGCAGUGUGUGCAAACCUUGUCAAGGACUACAGGAAACGUUUGGUAUCUGUAAUAGCAUACAAAGGUUUCUGUACCAAAUAUUAAGUUCGAUUUUUGUGAUGUAUCAAAUAAUUAUUUAAUGCAAUUAAAUGCAAAUUUAUUAUUUAAAAAUCAUACAACGUGAAUGUAUUAGAUUCCGUCCCUCACAGUUGAAGAGAACUUAUGAUACAAAUUAUAGACCUCUACAUGCUUUGCAAGUGGGAAAACGUGCAAAAUCGGCAGUGUAUCAAAUACUUGUUCUCCCCACUGUAACUAGGGAUGUCCUGAUCUGAUGCUACGCAUCGGUAUUGGCACCCGACACGGCUAUUUUUUUGAGUUUCGGAUGUGGUCACAAGAUCAGAUCCGAUCCAUUAGUCGCGCGUUUUCAGUACCAUCGUGCUUUUUCGCUGCUUUAAAGUCAAACUACUUGGCAAAUAUGUCCGCAGAGUGAGACUACUGCUCUUUUGUAGAGUUGUCCGAUAAUGACUUUUAAAGCGAGAACCAAAAUCCUGAUUUUGUCCAAUUCCAAAAUUCCGAUACCUAUAUCAAACCAUUUAAUCAUUUCAUUAUUGCUCCGUGACUGCAAAUGGUCUGCUCACAUAACAAAUUCCAGGCAUCUUAGUUUGGAGACCUCUAAUGGUCAGUAAACAUAACUGCUGUGCAAAACUGUGACCAGACCUUGUACAAAGGCAGAAGGCAUCGUGCAUUUUGACCCAAAACCAAUGUCCAUAAUGUUUGAGAUUUUAAAAUGCUUUUAUCGGCUAACUGUACUCUUUAGAAACUAAUUAUUUUCACUGGUCUAAAAAUGUAGGUAUCGAAUUGAUAUCAGCAAAACAUGUUUAAAAAAAUCAGCAUCGGGACAUCCCUACUUGUAACUCAUUAGCUGCCAUUGACGGCGGUAGACGCGAUCAUUCGCUGCCAGCCUCUCCCAGUCGAAAUUGAUGAGAUGUCUAUUGCCGUCAGAAGCAGUGAAUGGGUAAAAAAAAAAAGUUUCCCUGUUGUAAAACAUUAAAAAUAUCCUCCUGAAGACUGAAAAACCAACCUAAUAUGUUUGCACUAGUUUGACCUCUGAAACAAGCGUGAGGUGAUUGUUUUUUUCUAAUAUUGAAGCAAUAGAUGCUGCUGAGGUUUUUAAGCUACUCGUUGAAGACUGCGUUUGUCAGGAUUGUGCGUGUGAAUGACAGCGUAAUGGCACUUUAUCGCUCACUGAUCCUGAACGGUGUCGCAAAUUGACCUAUUUUCUUACAAUGCUCAGCAAGAUGAGAAAGUGGCACGUCCGAAUGGUGACUUCAUGGAAACCGUUGCCCCCAUUUUCCCUGAAAGAUGUCACACUUUGACAGCACACAAGUUUUUCUUGUCAUAUUAAGGGUUAACAGGAAGCCCUUCCCGUGCCUGUAUACUGUAAUACAUGUUCAUAUCGCUUCUUUCUCAAUAGAACAUCACUCGGUCAUUGGUAGUGUUAUGGAGUGGUGCCAGUAGUCUUCCAGUGUUUCCCUGAGACUCAUUUGCAUGGUUUAUCAUUGUCAUUCUCAACAGUACAGAACAACGUGUGCUUCUUGUAUGGUUGUCUUUUAUAAAUGAAUGUAAAUGGAUGGUGUCAGUGUUGGUUUGUUCCUGUGUUUUCUGCCAUAUAUGUGGCGGAAAACACUCAGGUGACUUGAAGUUCUGCUAUUAAACCCCGAAUUAGGCCAAAUUUCAAAAUUGUCUGAUAUGCACGUGUGAUACGUCAUUGGAAAGCUAACAAUCUCAAUUUUCCGGGGGAAGAAAAAUUUUGAACAGGAGGGCAUUUUAAUUUUUUUUUUUUAAACAGCAAAACCCUAUCUGAAGGUGAGAGCACAUGAGAGCAGAAUUACAGACGCCAUGACUUUAACGAGAUAUUAUCGCAUACUUACCUCGUUUUGAUCCAAAAACUCCCAUGUAGCAUGUAUCACCGAGUGUCAAGACACAGCUGUGAAUGGCCGGCCACAGCUGGAUUUUU